UAGUCUAAAGUUUCUUAGAUACUAUAGAGUUCAGAAUUUGAAUCUCUGGGUUUCUUUUGUUUCUCUUUGGAUUGGGAUCCUCGUGUUUAACUUCACCGUUUGAUCUGGAGUGCGUGUACCUUUACAGGCUUGAUUCAUCAAACAGAACCGAGAUCUCUCAGUCGUAGUAUCGCCAGCUGUGAAAAAAAUUGAAAAAUGGAAGAGCCCCCGAAUGAUGGUCCAGGAGCUAAGGUCUCUGUAUUUGAUGAUUCGAUCGAUAAUCAUUUUAGGGCAAUGGAUACAAUUUCUAAGAUUUGUGAAGAGCCCAAGAAUGAUGAUCUUGAUGAAACUGAUAUCCAGAGAUUUUCUUCUUCAAUCACUUUCUUAAGGGAAUGGAGGCAUUUUAACUAUGAACCGAGGGUCAUUAGGUUUGCUAACGAGAAAGAUGUCUUUGGUGGCGUAGAGUUGCCCCAGUUUUCAUCAUCAACCGUUUCCAAGGACGGAGUAUAUGAAAGCAAUGCAUCUGCAGAAUUCUGCAAGGACUUCUUGAUGUAUGUUGGAGGGUCUGUUUGGGCAUUGGAUUGGUGUCCUCGAGUUCAUCAGAAUCCAAAUAAUCUUGUUAAAUGUGAGUUUAUUGCUAUUGCCGCUCAUCCUCCUGAAUCUUAUUAUCAUAAGCUGGGUGCCCCACUUAUUGGUAGAGGCAUGAUUCAAAUAUGGUGUGUGCUAAAUGAUAGGGUAAAUGAGGAAGAAGCUCCUCUGUCAGAGAAAAAGCCAAAACGGAAAUAUCAAAUAACAGAAGCCUUGGACGAGAGCUUGCCAAAGAAGCCUAGAGGACGACCUAGGAAAGAGCAAAUAGAUGAAGCUCAGCCUGAUAAGGUUAAGAGGCUACAAGGCAGACCUAGAAUUAAAUCAAUUACUGAAUCUCCUGGCACUGAUCCGCAUGUGCAGCCUCUAGCUGUUCAGUACCCAGAAGAUUCCAUGCAGCUUGUUUGUGUGGACGAUGUUCCUGGAAAUACAAAAGAAAAUGUGCCAGUUAAGAAUCAUCGUAAAAAACAAAAAGGUCUUAAAAAGGCAGCAUCUACAUCUGUUGAAAGCCCUAAAACUUCUAGGAAGAGUGUAAAAUCGAAAAGUAAGACACAGGAAAAAACCAACAGUGAUGCUAAAAUUCAAAAUGAAGAUUCAGAAUCUUUUUCUGCAAUAAACCAACAAAUUCAUCCUAACUCCGGGCAAGAUGCUACUGCACCAGAUAAUGUUUUAGGUUCUAAUUCAUUCAAGGUCAGCCCGAGUUCUCCUUCAAUUCCAGGGGAUGUUGCACUGCCAAGAGCUGUCCUCUGCUUAGCUCACAACGGAAAAGUUGCUUGGGAUGUAAAAUGGCAGCCAUAUCAUACAAAUGAUUCUAAAUGCAACCAACGGAUGGGCUAUCUGGCUGUCUUACUAGGAAAUGGAUCUUUGGAAGUGUGGGAAGUUCCUCUUCCUAAUAUGAUAAAAAAUAUUUAUUCAUCUUCGCCUAAGCAGGGUACUGACCCUCGCUUUGUAAAACUGGAGCCGGUUUUCAAGUGCUCAAAGUUGAAAUGUGGUGAUAUACAAAGCAUCCCUCAAACAGUUGAGUGGUCAACAUCACCUCCACAUGAUUACUUACUAGCUGGAUGCCAUGAUGGAAUGGUGGCUUUGUGGAAAUUCUCUGCAAGUGGUUCACCUAAAAUUAAUGAUACGAGACCUCUGCUUUGUUUUAGUGCAGAUACAGUUCCAAUUAGAUCAGUUGCAUGGGCCCCAUCAAGUGAUAUGGAGAGCUCAAAUGUUAUUCUUACCGCUGGACAUGGAGGUCUUAAGUUUUGGGACAUACGUGAUCCAUUUCUUCCGUUGUGGGAUGUCCAUCCGGCACCAAAGUUCAUGUAUAGUGUGGAUUGGCCACUAGAGCCAAGAUGUGUUAUGAUAUCCUUUGACGAUGGAACAAUGAGACUUCUCAGCUUAGUUCAUGCAGCAUGUGACGUUCCUGCAACUGGAAAACCUUAUGGGGGGACCAAGCAACAAGGACUGCACCUUUAUAAUUGUUCAUCAUUUGCCAUCUGGAGUGUACAAGUGUCACGGUUAACAGGUAUGGUAGCAUAUUGCGGUGCAGAUGGUACUACAACGUGCUUUCAGCUUAACUCAAAAGCAGUGGAGAAAGAUUUUUCACGAAAUCGAACCCCGCAUUUUGCAUGUGGAUCCUUUACCGAGGAUGAUUCCGCUGUAAUAGUUAACACUCCAUUACCAAAUAUUCCUCUGCCGUUGAAGAAGCCGAAUAAUGAUUGUGUGGAUGAAAAAAGAUCCAUGCGUGCCUUCUUAACCAAGUCAAACCCGGGAAAAAAUGUAAAGGAGAGGAAGACGAUAGAUCCAUCUUCUAAUAAACAAACUUUAGCACUUUGUGAUGGCCGGAAGGCAAUGGCUCCAUCUUCUGAUAAACAAAUUUUAGCACUUCGCGAUGGCAACUAUCCCGGUGUGGAAUCCGAACCCGAGGAAACAUUGGCAACUCUGAAAACCAAAAUGAAACAAAAAUCUAAGAGUGACGGCAAGAAGAAAGCCGACACUGAUCAAGCAUUGGCAGUGAGAACCGAAGAACCAAUGCAAAAAGAGAAAGAACGAACCGGAAAAGAAGCUGAAAGCGGAGUCGAGGCAUUCCCUCCCAAGAUUGUGGCGAUUCAUAGAGUGAGAUGGAACAUGAACAAAGGCAGCGAGAGAUGGUUGUGCUACGGAGGAGCAGCCGGAAUCGUUCGAUGUCAAGAGAUAAACAUUCCGGCAACGCCUAUUCGUAAAGGUAGAGGUAGAGGUAAAGCUAAGUCGAGCAUAGUGUGCAUGCCAUGAAAGUGGAAUUAGUUUAUGAAUAAGCAUAUUGACC